AUGCAGCCUGAUGGGCUAAUACGCUCGGAGAAAAACUUUGACGUAUUCUCGUGUUGUCACAGAUGGGGCAUACUGCAUGCUGAACAGCCACCACAUGGAACGACAGGAACAAAGUUCACUUUUGCAUCUCCACUGCAUCGACGGGUCGCCUAUCGCCGCCUUUUCCCGGGCCAUGAAGCAGACGCUGUCUUAAAUGAUCUGAGUCUGCAACAGAUUUGCACCAAUGCCAUCGCUCGAUUCAGUCCAGGUACCCUCCAAAACCGCCGGCAUUCCCCUGGUAGGGGCUGGGGCAUUCCAGAAGCUGCGUUUCAAGAUGAGCUCUAUUGCUGUCUAAACCUUGAGCUCCAUCAUCUUCCGGUUCUGUCUGAAUACUCUUACACUAAAGACGGCCGCAUAGAUUUCUAUGUCUCUGAUAAGAAGUGGGGGAUCGAAGUGCUGCAAUGUGGGAAUAAUGCAGAAAUCGCCAAGCAUACCGCCCGAUUCACCACUGGCGGCAAGUAUGAAACAUGGGACAUCAUGGACGACUACAUCAUUCUCAACUUCUGCCCUAGAUCUGCGCUUCGCCAAGUUGAGAUUGAAGGUAAACUUCCUUCCUAUCUGUUUUCUAUUGAAGAGUUUACUCUAAAAUACAUUGCUAACAUUUGUGCUAAUUCAAUAAAAGAAUCUAAUUGCACGUCUUCCAUGUUGUUAUAG